AUGUCUUGUGAUCUAAGUGACCCCGCCAUCACAGUAGCGUAUGAAGAGAUCAUAAAUGGUCAAGACACCGAAUGGCUUAUCCUUGGAUAUAACGAUACAAGAGAUAAGAUUUCUUUAUACUCAAAAGGUUCACAUGGACUUGAGGGGCUUCGAAGUAAUUUAAAAGAUGAAGUAUUAUAUGGAUUUAUAAGGAUUGAAAAUAAAUUUGUUUUAUUAACUUAUGUUAGUGAACAAGUCAGUGGUGUAAGAAGAGCCCGUGCUUUAGUUCAUGGUAGAGCAGUUGGUGCAUUAUUCAAGCAGGCGCAUCAAAUACAAAUUAGUGCUUCAACACCAAACGAUCUUUCAGAAGCAAAUGUACGUAAUCGUUUGAAACUUGGCGAACCCGAUAAAUCGUCUUCAAUACCAAAAAGAGAAGCUGAACGAAAACGGAACGAAGAACUUCGAUCCAAAUUUGCAGAUUUAGAAAAAAGUGGCAAGGUUGCGUUAAAUGGUUUUCUUACUGUUCAAGGUGGCGGAGUUUAUUUUUGGAAACGUCGUUUCUUUGAACUUCGCGGAAAAACACUCUAUCUUUUCCGUGACGAGAAUGACAAACUUCCGAUCUCUAAACUUGAGCUUGAUGGACAAAUUGCCGGCGUAACAGAUGCACAAUCUGAAGUUUUGAUACUUAAUUCUUUUAAAGUUGAUUUCAAAACAUCAGAAGCCUAUUAUUUCUUUUCUGAUGAUAAAAAAGAUAAAGAAUCAAUUGUUACCGCUAUAGGAAGAUAUGUUAAAUAA